AUGAAAUCUCCGGAAUACCAUAGAACCAGCCGUUUCCGUGCCAGAUUGUUCGACCUGGGAUAUGAUGUGUGUUUUAAUCUUGGCACUGAAUUUCCAGAAAACACUGGUGAAAAUUAUUUGGAUGUCAUUGUCGAUGAACGUGCAUUUAUGGCCAAUCCAUCAGCGAAACAACAUAAUCAGAACAAGACCGAAUCAGAAAUCAACUUUCUUGAUGCUGCCAUAAAUUACUUCGGUUCACGUGCUGCUCUUCUGUGUGCAAUACGUGAGAUUAAUACUGCAAGCGAAGUAGUUCAAUUGCUCAGAGAUUUCAAUGUAGCACCCGCUCUCCAUUAUAUAAAUCUUGAACCAUCAAAUGACAAAUCCGAUGAUUAUGACGAUAAUGAAGGCCUUCUAUUUUCAUAG